AUGUCUUCAGACAGAUAUAUAAUUUCAGCACCCGGAAAAGUUAUUUUAUUCGGAGAACACGCGGUUGUUCAUGGCAAGACAGCAAUAGCCGGAAGCCUCGACGAAUUACGAACGUACGCAUUAUUUGAAAAACGAAUAGAUGGAUACCUUGAAUUAAACUUACCAGACCUUGGUCUUCAACGCGCUAUCUUAUGGCCUACUUCUAUAUUACCUUAUAAUUUAGUAAAUAAUGUUGAAACCAAAGAGGGACCACAAAAAUUACAAUUUAAUGAUAUACUUUUUCACAAAAUAAAAUCAAUUGUAUCUAAUGGACAAGAUAAUCAAGAAAUUAAUCAUAAACAACAAAUUGCAGCUUCCACAUUUCUUUAUUUAUACACAUGUUUGAAAUAUAAUUCACAAACUUCAUGGGAUGGAAUGACAAUUUGUGUUAGAUCGAAUUUACCAAUUGGAUCAGGAUUAGGUUCAUCGGCUUCAUAUUCUGUUUGUUUGGCCACAGGAUUAUUACUUGCUUUUGGUUAUAUUUCACCUCCUUUUGAAAAUAAACAAGAUUUUAAAAAGUCGAGUGAAUUGAUUAAUUUAUGGGCAUAUCAAGCCGAAAAGGUUCUUCAUGGAACACCAUCCGGAGUUGAUAAUUCAGUAGCUACUUAUGGCAAGAGGCGUUAUAGUGUUCACCAAUGGAGUGAUUCAAAAUAUAAAGGGGGAUUCAUUGAUAUGGGUCAUCACUUAUUAAAUUCACUUGGGGUAGGUCACCCAAGUUUAGACAAAGUUCGAGAAAUAGCAGCACAAUAUGAUCUGCAUACAAAACUUACAGGUGCCGGUGGAGGAGGGUGCGCAGUAACCUUUAUUCGUAAUGAUGUACCAAAAGAAAAAGUCGAAAAUGUUAAAAAGGAUCUGAAUGCUUCACCACAUUGUUUUGAAUGUUACGAAACAUCUAUCGGAGGACAUGGAGUUGGCGUAUUGGAUACAUGUAUUAGCACAGAUUUACAGGAAUUCUUGAAAAGUGAAAAGAAUAAAUUGGCCGAAAUUACUGGGUGGAAGAGGACAGAUGAAUUCAGAAUGUCUUUACGAAUUAACGAGCUUCGAAAAAGUAUCUACGGUUCAACUUUCUUAAUUUUAUAG